AUGCCCACUCUCGAAGAACUAUUCACCCAGGUUGACGCCCAGCGUGACGAGAUAAUCGCCCUCGAACAAACACUCGUACGCAUCCCGUCCGUCAAUACCGGUUUCAUGCCCACAGGCGACGAAACCCCAGUAUGCGAGUACAUCCGCGACUGGCUCGCAGAAGACGGCAUCGAGUCCGAAAUCCUUGGACGCACUCCCGAGCGAGGCAACAUCAUCGCCCGUAUCGAAGGCAGCAACUCCGAUGCCGGCCUCAUGUUCAUGUCCCACACCGAUGUCGUCCCGGUCGAAGAGGAAGAGAAGUGGCGAUUCCCACCCUUCAGCGCGACCAUCGCCGACGGACGCAUCUAUGGGCGCGGCGCAUCCGACUGCAAGGGGCUGCUUACCGCCCAGUUGUAUGCCAUGCGCCUCCUAAUUCGCAACGGAAUCCAGCUCGAAGACAGCCUGAUCUUCUGCUCCGGCGAAAAAGGACGCCUGCAAGUCGAAAUCGAGGUUAAAGGCGUCAGCUCCCACGCAUCCGUCCCAUGGCAGGGCACGAACGCCCUGUACACGCUGCAACGCGUCUUGCAGCGCAUCGAGGCAUACGAGCCGGAGCGCGACACAUCCACCAGCCUAUUCGAUCAUCUUUCUGUCUUCGCCAUCGAGCACAAGCCCUCAGCCGCAAACGUGGACGAAAUCAUCGCCGAAAUCGAGCCGGAGAACCCGCGCUUCGCCUCCAUGAUGCGCGCCCUAUCACGCAUGACACUCACCCCCACCAUGAUUAGCGGCGGCAUCAAGUCCAACAGCGUCCCCGAGACCAUCCGACUCACCUGUGACGUCCGCACGCUCCCACACCAGAGCGACGACUACCUGCGAGAGCAGUUGGAUUCCAUCCUGGAGGGCAUCCCCAACACCACCUACGAAAUCGACUACAUGGCAGUCCCCAACUCGUCCUCAUUCGACACCGACCUCGGCAGGAGCGUCCAGAGAGCAACAGCAGCCGCGCUCGGCAUAGACGACAUCCAGUGGGUACCCGCCAUCAGCACCGGCUUCACCGACUCCCGCUUCACCCGACCCCUCGGCACAGUAACCUACGGCUUCAACGGCUCCCACCCCGACGACGACCCCAUGCUCAGCCGCGCCCACGGCACCGACGAAUCCAUCGGCAUCAGCAGCCUCAUCAGCGGAACAAAAAUAAUGCUAGCCCUGGCCAUCGACGUCCUCAACGGCAAAAGCGACUAA